AUGUACAUGUCUGAAAAGCCUCAACAACAACAGGAAUCCGCGAUAGAUUUCUACAACAGCGGCAAACAAGAACCACCGCACCAAAACAACAACAUGAUCAUCCAACUCCCCUCUCAACCCCACCACCACCUCGCUGACGGCGGAGCCACCACCCCGAGUGGCGGCAUUACCGCCACCAACCAUAAUUCAUCCAACCCAUCAUCUUCUUCUGCCCCAAAGAAAAGGGCCGAGACAUGGGUUCAAGAAGAAACACGAACCCUUAUAUCCCUCCGCAAAGAAAUAGAUAUGUUGUUCAACACUUCAAAGUCUAACAAGCAUUUGUGGGAUAACAUAUCCUUGAAAAUGAGGGAAAAGGGGUUUGAUAGAUCCCCCACCAUGUGCACUGACAAGUGGAGAAAUUUGUUGAAGGAAUUCAAGAAAGCCAAGCAGAAUAAUCAAGAUGGGAACGGGAAUGGGUCUGCUAAGAUGAGUUAUUAUAAGGAGAUUGAGGAGAUUUUGAGGGAGAGGAGUAAAAAUGGCCCUAGUUGGAAGAAUUCUGAAGCUUCAAAUAAUGCUGGAGGUGCUGGGGCUUCUAAAGUAGAUUCCUUUAUGCAGUUUGCUGAUAAAGGUAUUGAUGACACCGGUCUUACUUUUGGACCAGUGGAAGCUAAUGGCAGGUCAGCACUCAAUUUAGAAAGACGUUUAGAUCAUGAUGGGCACCCUCUUGCUAUCACUGCUGCCGAUGCUGUUGGAGCAAGUGGAGUUUCUCCGUGGAAUUGGAGGGAGACUCCUGGAAGUGGUGAACAGACUAAUACAUAUGACGGAAGGGUGAUAACUGUCAAACUGGGGGAUUAUACUAAAAGAAUAGGGAUCGAUGGGAGUGCAGAGGCCAUCAAGGAAGCUAUCAAAUCUGCUUUCAGGUUAAGGACAAGACGUGCAUUUUGGUUGGAAGAUGAAGAUAAUGUGGUCCGAUCACUCGACAGAGAUAUGCCUCUCGGAAACUACACUCUUCAUGUUGAUGAAGGCCUGACGAUUAAAGUUUGUUUCUACGAGGAGUCGGAUCCAUUGCCAGUGCACACGGAGGACAAAACCUUCUACACAGAAGAUGAUUUCCGUGAGUUCCUCUCACGCCGUGGCUGGACUUGUUUGAGAGAGUACAAUGGGUAUAGAAAUUUCGAUAGCAUGGAUGAGCUCUGCCCUGGAGCUAUAUACCGUGGUUCCAAUUGAGGGCGGAAAAGGGGAGUCGUAUCAGCUUUUGCUAGGCCAAAGUGUUGUGAAAUGGAACUGUAUCAUUCCUUUGUUUGUUUGGCAGGUGUGAAAUUGUGGGGCUAGUUGUUUUGUACAAAUUGCAGUCUCCCCUCCAAGAUUCAUCCUUCAAACUCAUGUCUGUAAAUAUGGAAUUUUGUUGAAGGAUUUAUGUAAUUUGAGUUGUUGUUUCUCAAGGAAAUGUUAUUCAAUGCAGAUGAUAACCCCUUUGGGGGAAACGUGAAUA